AUGGACAACAAUCCUGAAUGCAUUCAGCCUGCAGACUGGCAGGCCGGUCAAGCUGUACCAGUCUUCCUCAUCCACGAUGGCGGCGGCACAACAUUCUCAUAUCACUGUUUGGAACCUCUUAACCGUCCUGUUUACGGGAUCUACAAUCCCAACUUUCACAGCGGGGAACCCUUCGACGGGGGACUCAAAGACAUGGCUAAGCUUUACACACAUUGGAUUAUUGAGACUGUCGAGAAGCCCGACUUCCCCAGGCGAUACAAUUCGGAUGGAAAGAUCCAAAUACUUCUCGGAGGAUGGAGCUUGGGUGGCCACUUGAGUCUUGAGAUCGCCAAGCAGCUCAACCCUGAGGAUACCGAAAUCAGAGUUAUCGGUAUUCUUAUGGUUGACACAAUCUACCCGCACAAGUACUCGAGUAAUAACCGCAAGAGACCCGGCGAAGGAUCAGAAAAAGGCAGAAACAAGAACCAGAUUCUUGCCGACCUUUCCAUGGCUGAUGCUCGCCGUAUGCUUCAGUCUUGGGAUCCUCCAGUUUGGCACGAGGACUCUAUAGGAGAAAGGCCACGAAUCUCUCUGCUCCGAGCUAAAGAGGCCUUGCCAGUGAAGGAUGGUGAGAAAGAUCUUGUGGACAUGAGUCGCGAGGAGCGAAAUCUUGGGUGGGAUUUGUAUGACAAGAAUCUAUUUUCCGAAGUGGUGGAUAUUAAUGGUCAUCAUUUUGAAGUGUUUGCUUUCAAGUUCAUUGAGGACAUUUCUGAAAAGAUGAAGGAUUCGCUGAAUGGUUUGGAACGUGCCUCCCGAAGCUGA